AUUCUUGCCAACCUCAAAAAAUGCCAAAUGCUGACACUCUAUUUUUGACACUUUUAUAUGUUCUUAUCAUUUUGUCUUAUUGGUAAAUAAAAAAACAUUUAAAUCCAUUUUAUUUGUAAUAAAAUGGCAUCUGGAGAUGCGUGUGAAUGUCCUAAAGGUAUUGAUUAUUACGGUGUCUUGAAUUUGAAGAGGGAUUCUGAAAUCACAGAUAUUCAAAAAGCGUUUAGACGCUUGGCCAUUCAAUAUAAUCCAGAGAGGCAAAAGGAUAAAAGCAUCGAGGCUGUUUUCGGUUUGAUUGCAGAAGCAUACGACGUCCUGUCGGAUCCUCUCAAGCGGGCCGUUUAUGAUCAGUACGGCGAGGAAGGUUUAAAGAGAGGUGUACCAGGACCACAAGAUUAUAUACAACCCUACGUUUUCCAUGGGGAACCAUUAAAAACCUACAGAGAAUUCUUUGGAACGACGAGUCCGUAUGCUGAUUUAUUGGAUAUCCUUGAACAUCCUUUGCCCAUUUAUGAAACUCUGGAAGGACGCGGAAUCAAGUGCAAAGAAGAGCCCUUAAUCAAGCCCUUAUACUUGACUUUAUCCGAGAUAUUUUUUGGUGGUUUGAAAAAGAUGAAAAUACAAAGACUCAUAUUAGUGGGCGAUGACAAAUCCAACACUGUAUUGAGGGAAAAAAUUCUUUCAAUACCCAUCAAGCCUGGAUUACCAGUGGGAACUAAAAUCGUUUUUCCUGAAGAAGGUGACCAAGGACCCACAAAAAUACCUGCGGACGUAAUUUUCAUUACGGAGGAUCGCCCUCAUGAUAUAUUCAAGAGAGAUGGGGAUAAUCUUAUGAUGACUGUCAACGUCUUUUUGCAAGAAGCUUUGACUGGAGUGAUAGUUACUGUGAACACAAUCGAUGAUCGAAUUUUUCGUGUUCCAAUUACGUCCGUUAUUACACCCGAUUAUCAGAAACGAGUGCUGGGAGAAGGUUUGCCUAUCGUAAACAAUCCGAAGGAACGGGGCGAUCUAUUGAUCAGUUUUAAUAUCGAAUUUCCCGUAUAUUUGCCGGUGUCUAGUAAGAAUUAUGUCAAGAAAGCUUUCAAGGUUUCCCGAGCCACUGAUUCGACAGAGGACACCGCGUAUAUUCAUCGAUUUAUACUUGCUGAUAAAAUGCGAAGAAAUGUGGAUGAAGACGUGCCACUAAGAAGAAGUCCUAGAGAUGAACUAAAUAAUUUAAUUUGUUGAUUAAGCCAUUUUUUGAAU